AUGCCGACCGGGCUGGAUUUUACCGCUACUCAUACCCCUCCAGGUCCUCCUGGUAGCGAAUUUGUUAAAGAGAUCGACUCCUCUCCAGGGACGUCAUGGGCGUCCCAGUUUGACGAGACUCCCAUGUCCACUCCAACAGGGCCGGUCGCUCCCCCGGCCAAUGGCGCUGCGCCCCCCAAUCAUGAUAUCUCCAUCGGACAACGAAUGAUAUCUGCGUCGGCCGGAAACAUCUUGACUGGACUUCUCGUCACCCCUCUCGAUGUCGUACGAGUACGUCUACAAUCACAAUCGCAAAUGGUGAACACUUCACAAUACACCACACAUACAACCCAGUCCUUAAAGAAUCUCCCUCCGAAUAUUGGAAUCACCUCGUGCUGCCGUGAAGUGUUUUGGGUAGGAGACAAUGCGCAGAUGUGCAUGUUAGGCCCCCAGGCCAGUACGAUCGGAAAUCAGACACAUCCCGCGUUGGACUGUGCCGUCGAGGAAACACAGCGGCGCACAUUCACGUCGACUUUGGAUGGUUUACGGAAGAUUGCUCGGAACGAGGGUGUUUCCACAUUAUGGCGCGGUCUCAGCGCGACCUUGAUGAUGGGGAUUCCUGCAAAUAUCAUCUAUUUCGCAGGAUAUGACUGGUUGCGCGCCGACGACAAUAGCCCAGUAAAAAAGCUUGUCCCGGAUAUCUAUGCGCCAUUCAUCGGGGGUGCGAUCGCGAGGACAACGGCUGCUGCCAUCACUAGUCCUCUCGAGAUGUUCCGCACCCGGCUUCAAGCUACCCCAGGCACCGGGACUGGGCACUUCAAGGCCACUCUCCAAGGGUUACACCAGAUGACAAAUGCCAAAGGGUACUCUUCUCUUUGGCGUGGGCUGUCGCUGACCAUGUGGCGCGAUGUCCCGUUUUCUGGUCUCUAUUGGUGGGGAUAUGAGAAGGUCAAGCUUAACCUGGAACUGGCGCGUCAGCCGACGCCGAGUCUCUCAGGCAUUGAUAUCGAUGCUCCCACCAAUGCCACUGCAUUCCUUGACAGCUUCAUCGCCGGUGCCACCUCGGGAUCUGUCGCAGCAUUGGUAACAACGCCUUUCGAUGUCGGCAAGACGCGACAGCAGGUCUACAGACAUAUGGACGACCACGUUGCUACCGCGCAGAAAUCCACUCUGGUGCCUAAGGCUAUUGUCCCUGAGCAGCUCUCUCUCCCUAAAUUUCUCCUCCAUAUCUUUCGUGAAGAAGGUAUGGCUGGACUCUUCCGUGGCUGGUCAGCUCGCUGCCUUAAGGUCGCGCCAGCCUGCGCAAUCAUGAUUUCUACCUACGAACUGGGGAAGCGCAUGGCCCGAGAGGUCAAUGAACGCAGGCACGAAACUUCCUAA